AUGCUACGGCCUGUCAUUCUAUUCAGAAUACUCACAGUUGGUGCGCUGCUGUAUGCGCUCAGCCUCGCACGCCGACAGUACCUCUUCCAGAACUACCUUCACGCCAGGCGAAUCACUUCCACCGAUUUCCCCGCACCGUACGUGAAAGUACUGAACGAUUCCGUUGCUGAAGGCAAGCAGCCUCCGAAGGACUUCGACUACACGUCCACGUUUCCGCAGUCCCAGAUCCCGAAGACCAUCCACUUCAUUUGGUUUCAGAACUUGUACCCCACGAAUGACCACAGCCCCAGCCAGAUACCCACGACCAUCUCUCGGGCACCGGAGCUGUGUCGGGAGCACAAUCCCGAUUAUGAGAUCAACAUCUGGAAUGCAACCAGCGCGCGCACGUUCAUAGCGCAGGAGUACUCGUGGUUUCUUCCCACGUAUGAUGGUUAUAGGCAUCCCAUUCAGCGCAUCGAUUCGUUGAAGUACUUCGCGUUGUAUCAUUUCGGUGGCGUGUACAUGGACCUCGACAUCUCCUGUCGCCGGCCCCUGGAUCCACUUCUUCAGUUCUCAGCAUGGUUUCCCGAAGCUUCUCCGCUGGGUGUCAACAACGACUUGAUGGCUGCGGCUGCACGGCAUCCUAUCUUCAAGCGAAUGACAACAGAACUAGAGCGACAUGACAAGAACUGGUUGUUCCCGUAUCUCACGAUCUUCUGGUCCACUGGACCACAGUUCACAAGCGACAUCUUGAAAGAAUGGUUUGAACACUACAAAAUCGAAGCACUAAAAACACAAAUGGAAAGAGGCAUUGAUGCAUCCCCGUCCUCAUUCUUCGUCCUCCCUCAAGUAUACUACUCGGAGCAGUACACAUUCUUCGGUCACAGUCCCGGGGGAACUUGGCAUGGCGGUGAUGUCGCUGUGGUGUUGUGGUUCGUUGGGAAGCCUUGGAUAUUGCUGUUGAUACUCGUCCCCGUCGCGGCUGCAUGGCACAAGCUUAGAAAGAGGCAGAGAAGGUUAUCAUGGAGCAAGAGCGAAGAUAAGUCGAAUCCAGUCUGA